CUCGACGCGCUCCUUCUACUAGUUCUUUGGGAAGACGAGGAUAUGCUGUCGCCGCAGACAAGAUCAGUUUGUCUUUCGUCAUGCCUCACCAAGCCAUCUUUACCUCUGCCGACGUUGUGCAAGUAAACACUCCCGCUGCCACUGGUGACAUGGGUAUUUUGGCCAACCAUGUUCCUACUGUUGAGCCUCUUCGUCCCGGCGUUGUGGAGGUCAUUGAGGCUACUGGUGGUCCAUCCAAGAAGUGGUUUGUGUCUGGUGGAUUUGCAACCGUUCAUCCUGGCAGCAAGCUCACCAUCAACGUGAUUGAAGCGGCGCCAUUGGCAGAUUUCUCGCCCGAGGCCGUCCGUAUGAACCUGACCGAAGCGAAAAAGGUCGCAGCUGGAAGUGGCUCUGUGGAGGACAAGGCUGAAGCUCAGAUCGAAGCAGACGUGUACGAGGCACUGCAAUACGCCUUGUCGAAAAAAUAAUGGUCCUAUUCAUGGUUACAUGGAUAUCCCAAAGACAUAGAGGUCCAUUCUGAUUGUGAACAUCUAUAUGAACGUAGCGUGCUUAAAUCAAAUAUAUUCAAAAAACAAU